AUGGCCUUCCAGGGCCCCAACCCCGCCCUCCAGACCCAGCUGUGUAGCAAUGUUCUGGGGGCACUGACCGGGCUGAUCCAGCCCCCCCUGGCAGCUGGGCUGGGGGCGCCCCAGAAAUUUUACUGCCCCGCUGGGGUGCAGGGGGGGUCACCCCAACAGCAGCAUCAGCCGGCGCUGGCCCAGACCCCGCCGGCACCAGCCCGAAUGACGCUGGAACCCGAACCGGAUCGGCCCAUCGGCUACGGCGCCUUCGGGGUCGUGUGGUCGGUGACGGACCCCCGGGACGGGAAGCGGGUCGCGCUGAAGAAGAUGCCGAACGUUUUCCAGAAUCUCGUCUCCUGCAAACGGGUUUUUCGGGAACUCAAGAUGCUCUGUUACUUCAAACAUGAGAACGUGCUGUCGGCGCUGGAUAUUCUGCAGCCCCCCCAGAUCGACUGCUUCGAGGAGAUCUACGUGCUGACGGAGCUGAUGCAGAGCGACCUGCACAAGGUGAUCGUGUCCCCCCAGCCGCUGAGCGCUGAGCACAUCAAGGUCUUCCUCUACCAGAUCCUGCGCGGACUGAAAUAUUUGCACUCGGCCGGCGUGCUCCAUCGGGACAUCAAGCCGGGGAACCUGCUGGUGAACAGCAACUGCGUCCUCAAGAUCUGCGACUUCGGGCUGGCGCGGCUGGAGGAGCCGGAUGAGGGGCAGCCCAUGACGCAGGAGGUGGUGACCCAGUACUACCGGGCCCCCGAGAUCCUCAUGGGCACCCCCCACUACGGCCCCCCCAUCGACCUCUGGGCCGUCGGCUGCAUCUUCGCCGAGCUGCUCGGCCGGCGCAUCCUCUUCCAGGCCUCCAGCCCCAUCCAGCAGCUGGACCUGAUCACAGACCUACUCGGCACCCCCCCUCCCCACGCCCUGCGCUCGGCCUGCGAGGGGGCCCGGGCCCACGUGCUGCGAGGGGCCCACAAACCGCCCGCACUGUCCGUGCUGCACCUGCUGUCGGGGGAGGCAACCCAUGAGGCCGUUCACCUGCUCUGCCGCCUGCUGGUCUUCGACCCCGCGCGGCGGAUCUCAGCGCGGGAGGCGCUGGCCCACCCGUACCUGCAGGAGGGGCGACUCCGCUACCACACGUCCAUGUGCCGCUGCUGCCACAGCCUGGCCUCGGGGCGCAUCUACGCCAGUGACUUCGAGCCCCCCGCAGCCCCCCGCUUCGACGAUGCCUAUGAGCGGGGCCUCAGCUCCGUCUGGCAGGCCAAAGAGCUGGUUCACAGCUUCAUCCUGGAUCAGCAGAAGGGGACGCGGGUCGCCCUGUGCAUCAACCCCAACUCAGCCGCCUUCAAAACCUUCAUCCGGUCGACGGCCUGGCAUUCGUCGAAAGUUUCCAAGAAGGACGAGAGAUGA